AUGACACAAAACUGCCAACAACGUUUUCCAUUAGGAAAAAAAAUUCAUCGCUCAAAGUCAACUCCUCGACAGUCGUUUCAUUUUAGUGAUAUGUACCAGCCGUGUCGAAAUGAAACACGUAUUGCGACAUUAUUUCUUCCAAAAGAAUUUUCAAUUGGUGCUGGUGAAUUAACCAUAACUGGUACCGGUGGUCUUCAUUUCGAAGAAAAACGUGAUAUUAUUGUAUAUGAUAAUUGUCAUGUUAUUCUUGUACAAACAUCAGCAUCAACUUAUCGUCCACAUGAUGCAAUGGAAAUUCGUGUUGUUGCCACUAAUGAAAAUCUUAUGCCAAUUGAACAUAGUGAACUAAUUGUUGAAAUUUACGAUGCUACUUUUAAACUUGUUGGUGAAUUUCCACAUGUUCCUAUUCAUUCAGGUCUUACUGAAGUUCUUCGAUAUCCACUUGCUGAACAUGUUAAUGUUGGUACAUGGCUUGUUUCAGCUACAAUUGGAAAUACGACAUCAUCUGUUGAAGUUCUCGUCUCAUGUCCAGUGACACCAUCAUUUGAUCUUAAAGCUAUUUUUCAACGAUUUAUUCUUCGUACAGAUAAAACACUUCGUGAUGUUAUUGAAAUCAAUGAUAUUCAUAAUGAACCAAUAUUUGGUCGUGCUAUGAUUGCUAUUGCUGGUCGUGUCGAAUUAAAUUAUGAUCUUUUAUCAUUAUUUAAUGUUGAUAUAACCGAAGCUAUUGGUAUUCAAGUUUAUAUUCAAGUAACUGAUCUUAUUUCUGGUCACGAUCGUAUCAUUCAUCAUAUGAUUCCGAUCUUUACACAUGAUAUUCUCUAUGAUAUUCGUCCACUUGAAUUUGAAGCUGGUGUUAAAAAUGAAUUUGAACUUAUUGCUAAACGUCCAUAUGGGAAACCAGUUAAAACGAAAGAUGUUAUUGUUACUGUUACAAUGAUGAUAGGUGAUGAAUAUGGUGAAAAACAUGAUGAAAAAGUAGUUGAAAUUAAAGAUUUCUAUACACGUGGUCGUAAUGAUAUCGGUUUCUUCAAUCUUGAAAUUCCUAAAAAUUGUAUCAAUGUUCUUAUGGCUAUAACACCAUUAGGUGAAGAUGGUAAAGUUCGUGAUUAUCGUACACAUGCUCUUCCACUUAUGCCAACACCUUAUCGUCAUAGUGCUAAAUUAUCUAUUGAACUUUUGCCAUCAACAGUAACUGCACUUAAAAACAGAUGA